AUGAUUUCAGUACCUACCUUAACUUCCAAUUCCGACCUAUCCAACUCAUCAUCUACCACUUCAGAAUUACAUUCUACAACUGGAGAGCCGACAUCACAAGGACAAACCGUCACCGCAUUUGCCGUUAAAACUCAAAACAUCAACCUCGGACACGAAAAAGUGGACGAGAUGCGAUGGCAAACUGAAGGGAAAGGAACCAAAGAUUCAGGAGGAGAAAGCAAAAAGCUUGGAUAUACCCACUAA